UCAACGUCAUCACCAUCAAGUUACCGUCAGCUCUUUCCAACUUUAUUAAACACAUUUAAAAACUUGUUUGCUGAUAAGAAAAUACUCUGUGAUUGAAUCUUUGUUCAGAAUUGUGCAUUGUUUUCGAGAUCUUUAUGCGUGAUGACGUUCAAAGUCCCUGACAACGCAUGUUGUCCCAUGUCCCUGUGUGUCCCAUGUUGUCCCAAGUUUUAAGUCAUAGAAUAAAAUGUGAAAAUAUUUUUGACUUAUAUUAACCCAAGUUCCUAUUAAAGGAGUUUAACCUAAACCGCAUUCAACAAACCCAUUGACUUUGGGACGAUGGAACCGGAAGUGGAAAAAUGUUAACUUGCUUCCGUGUUUUGCCUACAAAAACACGUCAUCCCUGCGGCACUCUUUAUUGAUCCUUUUGUUAGCUCGAAAUGUUAAAAGCUCUCCCUCACUUAAGCAUCUGUUAAUGAAUAAAUGUAAAAGGAUAAAAAACUCAACAUCUUAGAAUAGAUCAUAUUCAUCAGUUCCCGUCCAUAUGCAUAUAUUUUGCAUGCCGAAUAUCUAGUUAACCCCUGAUAACCUUGAUAUCAGGAAAAGCAAUAUUGUGAGACUAUGUGAGAAUUUCACAGAACAAGGUCUAGACACGUCCUUAGCCUCAUGGAAUUUAAACCACACCUUUUUAUAGUGCUACCCGCUUACCUGUCCUAUCAGUAGAAGUUAAACGUGUUACAUAUUUACACAUAAGAAGAAACCAGUUAAUGGCAACUCAAAUAUUGACAAUUUGUUCAACAAACUAUUUGGAGAACGCCACAGAAUGUCAAAGGCCUAAUUUGGAGGAAUUAAUAAACAGGAUGAGACUCCUUGCCGCACGUUUUGAACUAUUUGGUCCAUAAUUGUGUCUCCAGACAGAUGUGACCCUCCAGCAGUGCCUGCGCCUUUAAAUCCUCGCCUCUCUCCCAUCACGCGAACGGCGCAGGACCCUCGUGCUCGGCCGCCGGCUACCGCAAGGCAGAGGAUGAGAUGAGCGGAACUACAUCACAGGCGGACCCGAUAGAUGCCACAGCGCGGACUGUGCUCCUCAACAAACCCCAGACCACCAAAUAUUGUGACAACCAUGUCAGCACGGCUAAGUACGGGAUCCUUACGUUCCUGCCUCGCUUCCUGUACGAACAGAUCCGACGUGCAGCUAAUGCUUUCUUCCUCUUCAUCGCUCUCAUGCAGCAAAUCCCUGACGUUUCACCGACGGGUCGCUACACAACACUGGUACCUCUCAUAUUCAUUCUGACUGUAGCUGGGAUCAAAGAGAUCAUUGAGGAUUAUAAAAGACAUAAAGCAGACAACACAGUGAACAAGAAAAAGACAACAGUCAUACGUAACGGAGCAUGGCAGACCAUCAUAUGGAAACAGGUGGCAGUGGGAGACAUAGUCAAGGUGACCAAUGGGCAGCAUCUUCCGGCUGACAUGGUCAUAGUGUCCUCCAGCGAGCCUCAGGCCAUGUGUUAUACAGAAACAUCCAACUUAGAUGGGGAGACCAACCUGAAGAUCCGACAGGGUCUUUCUCUCACAGCCUGUUUUCAGUCUUUGGAGGAACUGAUAGGUUUGUCUGGCCGUCUAGAAUGUGAGGGACCGAACAGACAUCUGUAUGACUUUACUGGGACACUGCGCCUUGACAACCAGAACCCAGUUCCACUCGGGCCAGACCAGGUGCUGUUACGAGGUGCCCAGCUCAGGAACACACAAUGGGUUGUGGGAAUUGUAGUAUACACUGGACACGAUUCGAAACUAAUGCAAAAUUCCACUAAAGCUCCGCUAAAACGCUCAAAUGUUGAGCGGGUGACUAAUAUGCAGAUUCUGGUUCUGUUCUGUAUUCUUCUGGUCAUGGCCCUGAUCAGCUCCAUCGGGGCCGCCAUAUGGAACAAACAGCACACGGACGAGGCUUGUUGGUAUCUUUCCCGCGCAGGUGACAUCUCUCUGAACUUCUGGUACAAUCUUCUAACCUUCAUCAUCCUUUACAACAACCUGAUUCCCAUAAGUCUACUGGUCACACUUGAAGUGGUCAAAUUCACUCAGGCUCUCUUUAUUAACUGGGAUGUCGAGAUGUAUUACUCGGAAACGGACACACCCGCCAUGGCACGAACGUCCAAUCUGAACGAAGAGCUUGGCCAAGUGAAAUAUCUAUUUUCUGACAAGACGGGCACUCUCACCUGCAACAUCAUGCACUUUAAGAAGUGCACGGUAGCUGGGAUUACAUAUGGGCAUUUCCCAGAUCUGGAGUGCGAUCGAUCCAUGGAGGACUUCAGUCACCUUCCCUCUACAAGCCACAACUCUACUGAGUUUGAUGAUCCUGCACUUAUCCAGAACAUCGAGAAGAAUCAUCCCACAUCCCCUCAGAUCUGUGAGUUUUUGACUAUGAUGGCUGUCUGUCAUACUGUUGUUCCUGAGCGAGAAGAAAACCAGAUCAUCUACCAGGCCUCCUCACCAGAUGAAGGAGCUCUGGUGAAAGGUGCCAAAGGUCUGGGCUUUGUUUUCACUGCAAGAACGCCUCAUUCGGUGAUCAUAGAUGCGAGAGGAAAAGAGCAGUCUUAUGAACUGCUUAAUGUACUUGAAUUUUCCAGCAAUCGUAAAAGGAUGUCAGUCAUUGUGAGAACACCCACAGGCAAACUCAGGCUUUAUUGCAAGGGAGCAGAUAAUGUGAUUUUCGAGCGGCUGGACGAGGCAUCGCAGUUUAAGGACCUAACCGUCGUCCACCUGGAGCAGUUUGCUACAGAAGGGUUACGGACCCUCUGUUUCGCGUAUGUGGACCUAGAGGAAGCAGCCUACCAGGAAUGGCUGAAGGAAUACAAUCGCAUUAGCACUAUCAUAAAGGACAGAGCUCAGAAACUGGAGGAGUGCUACGAACUUAUAGAGAAGAACUUGGUGUUAUUGGGUGCCACCGCUAUAGAAGAUCGUCUGCAAGCCGGAGUCCCAGAAACCAUUGCAACACUUAUGAGGGCCGACAUCAAGAUCUGGGUCCUGACCGGGGACAAGCAGGAGACUGCUAUUAACAUUGGUUACUCCUGUAAGCUGGUCUCACAUGGCAUGUCGCUCAUCAUUGUCAAUGAAGAUUCCCUGGAUGCAACCAGGGCCACACUGACAGCUCACUGUGCCUCACUGGGUGACUCUUUGAGAAAGGAGAACGAGUUGGCUCUCAUCAUUGACGGACAGACGCUUAAAUACGCCCUCUCUUUUGAAGUGCGCCAGGCCUUCCUCGACCUCGCUCUGUCCUGCAAAGCCGUCAUCUGCUGCAGGGUUUCUCCACUGCAGAAGUCUGAGAUCGUGGACAUGGUGAAGAAGCAUGUGAAGGCCAUCACGCUGGCUAUAGGAGAUGGAGCCAAUGAUGUUGGCAUGAUACAGACGGCACACGUGGGUGUGGGCAUCAGUGGGAACGAGGGCAUGCAAGCCACCAACUCAUCUGACUAUUCUAUAGCUCAGUUUUCCUACCUGGAGAAGUUGUUAUUGGUUCACGGGGCAUGGAGUUACAACCGUGUUACCAAAUGUAUCCUGUACUGUUUCUAUAAGAACGUGGUUCUGUACAUCAUAGAGCUUUGGUUUGCGUUCGUGAACGGCUUCUCCGGACAGAUCCUGUUUGAACGGUGGUGCAUUGGAUUGUACAAUGUGAUCUUUACUGCACUGCCGCCGUUCACACUGGGGAUAUUCGAUCGGCCGUGUAGUCAACAGAACAUGCUGCGAUUUCCUCAGCUCUACCGUAUCACACAGAACGCAGAGGGUUUUAACACAAAGGUCUUUUGGGGUCACUGUAUAAAUGCUCUCAUUCACUCCAUUAUUCUCUUUUGGUUUCCACUCAAAGUUUUGGAGCACGACACUCCCUUUGACAAUGGCAACAGCGUCGACUACCUGUUCGUGGGGAACAUUGUCUACACGUACGUAGUUGUAACUGUAUGUCUAAAAGCCGGCAUGGAGACCACAGCUUGGACAAGGUUUUCUCAUCUGGCUGUAUGGGGCAGCAUGGUGCUCUGGAUGCUGUUUUUUGCAGUUUAUUCUGCUAUCUGGCCAACCAUUCCUAUAGCACCAGAUAUGCUGGGCCAGGCAGGCAAGGUGAUGCAGUGCUGGAGCUUCUGGCUGGGAUUGCUACUGGUGCCAACAGUGUGUUUGCUCAAAGACGUUGCAUGGAAUGCGGGACGACGCACAGUCAAGAAGACUCUCCUGGAGGAAGUGCAGGAACUGGAAGCUCGAGCCGUGGACCCCGGAGCAGCCGUCCUCAGAGAUGCCAGUGGCCGCAGUCUGAACGAGCGUGCCCACCUGCUCACACGAGUCUUCAGGAAAACGCCCUCCAGCGUGGGACGCUCGAACUCUGUGCAGCAGACCGUUUCACAUGGAUAUGCGUUCUCACAGGAGGAGCAUGGCGUCGUGUCUCAGUCCCAGGUUGUGCGUUCAUACGACACCACUCGUCAACGACCCAGUCUGGAGCUGUCGACGGAGUAACAGUUGGUAUAGACCUCAAUGACACACCUGUGCUGGGUGAUCCUGCUGUGGCCUUUUGAACUUAAAACUGAACUGAAUUGGGCACAACUAGCAAACCACUCCGCCCAGCUGCAUAGCGCAUUGCCUCCCGCAACGAGGCCGGACUUUCUGGAAGGGAACGGAUUGACGGAAAUGGAGGGUUGGGGCGGGCGGGGAUCUUCUCACACUGAAACGGCCAGUUAAAACGCACUACACAUGAACAGACAGGCAACAGGAGCCGAGUAGCAUUCAGAAGGGGAAAACCAGAGACAAUAGCGUUCCUCUGCCUGUAUCAUUAACACGAGUCACAAGACUGCUUCAUAACCGCCAUGUGUCUGGAUCUGGUUAUACCUAUAUCGCGUGGGUGCACGUUUGUUUAUGCCAGCAUAUACUGUAUAUAUGCAGCGAGAAGGAUCUCGAUUCUGUUGUGUGUACGCCUUGUCGCUCCUAUCUGUGACUUGAAGAGCGCCUUGUCUUACGUGUGAUUUUUCGGGGCAGCUGUUUCGCUUCUGUUGUGCGUACGAGUGCGUCUGCAUGUGUCUGUAAGAGGCUGGUGUUUUUGUUGAGUCUCGACGUCGAUGUCUCCAGAGAUCGGAGAUGGCGUAUCCGUCAUCGCAGAGGAGGGGAGGCCACUCUAAAUAAACACGAAAUAACCACACACAGCGAAACACACAAAUACACACUUCCCAUUGCAGGCUUGAGAUCAGGGAGGUGUGUGUACUUUUUUGGGUAUGUGUGGGUUACAGAUGCAACGCCUUGCUUUUAGAUCCAUCUCUCCAUCAACAGACAUGCUAGAUAGGCAUUCACGUAUGCACACACACACAUACACAUGCAUCGUACCUCUCCCAAUCCAACAAAGCUGCCAAAACACACAGUGAUUCCUCUGAGGCGGAACCCUCAGUGCCUCUCCCACUACAGCAUGGAGUAUACCCUGCUAUACCACACACACACACACACAUACAUAUACACCUCCGCCUCGCUCUCUUACUUCAUCCUUUCCACUAAUCUUCUGCUUAAAGGCGGUCUGUAUCUAAGACUACGUUCACACUGUCAUCAAAAUCCGAUUUUCUGCUCAUAUGUGACCCAUGUCUGUCUCUUUGUAUGACCGUGUGAACAGCACAAACCACGUGGAAUCUGAUCUUUUCGAUUCUGAUUUGAGCCACUUGCAUAUGUGGUUCUAAAUCAGAUACAGGUCGGAUGUUUUGCAAUGCGACCCCAGUCUGAACAGUCAUAUCGGAAUUCAGGCGACUUUUUACGUCAUUCUAGAUUGAUGUGCGUCACAAUUGCUGAAAUAUGCACCGACGGCAUGUUUGCAAAACCACUUAAAAACAUUAAAGACUUUAAAUAUUAAGCUUCUGUUGCACAUCGCCUUAUACAUGAUAGCCCCUAACACGCAAAUAAGUGUGUUUGACUUUCCUGAAACGUUGUCCAGAUGACGGACCUGCACGUGACCCGGGAGCAGACUGCCUCGGCUCGUAUCGUUCGCUCCCACGGAACUGAGAUAAAACGCGUCGACUGGCCGGUCUGCGCAGCUCCGUAUGAAGUCCACAACACCCGCUCGGUAGUCUGCACGUUAAUUUCCGUAUUACCGCGUGCUUGCCGUGACGUAGUUUUGUUCUUUUGCGCAUGUGAUGCAGUUCAGGACCACGAACAGUUCACACAGCUGUCUGAUUUUAGCCAUAUAGUGUGAACAAAGAAAAAAUCAGAUCUGAGCAAAAAAUCUGAAUUGAGCAUUAAUGUUUGCAGUGUGAACGAAGUCUAAGUGCUUACUCUCUCUCUUUCAUUCUCUCUCUUUCUCCAGAUCCGCAAUUCCCAUGUCUCCUUGUUGUCUUGGACUAGUUAACCUUUAAAAUUCCCUCUCUGUUUCAAUGCUCGGGGUGACAACUGUAGCUUUGCUUUGUCCGCUUUUACUCAACCUGUUGAGUUUCUGGAUUGUUUUGCCAAAUAAACUGAACUUGUGACACUG